AUGUCAAGAAACAAGAAACAACCAGCAACUACAUCAGCAUCAAAUCCAGCAUUAGUAGAGGCAAGAUUGGUAGUCGAUAAAAUGUUGACUAUGAAGCAGAUCUGCACAAGGAAGAAACGUAUCAGAUACUACCUACAGAUGUCAACUACUACCAGAAUGCAGCCAAUGGUCAAGACGUGUGGAAUAUUGCUGGAAAAGUUUGGUGUCUGUGUCAAGGAUGAAUAUGAAGCUCAGAUGACUCACGCCAUCGACAUGAUGAUUAUUAGGUAUACAAUCAGGACCGAUCAAUUCCUCAAACAAGAUUUAUUGGAGGAUAGUGAUACAGAGACAUGGAUGGAUCUAUUGGACGAGAUGACAACAGUGCUCUUUAGAUUGGCUGCAGUAUCCAAACAAUUCCACCACAAUGUGCCUACUACCAUCCGUUUAGAUGCUCUUGUCAGAACAACAUCAUUCAAUCUCAUCGAUGUUGCAUUUGAACAGACACAGUCACUCACUAUUGUUGGUGCCACCACCGACUGGAAUAGUUAUAGUGGCGUAGACAAUGAGGAGGUUCAAAAGAACAAGGAGAUCUCUAGACGUCUGUUUUGCACGUUCCAAGCAGCAGGAUCAAUGCCAAACCUCAAGAAACUAAAGGUGGUUGGUAGAGCAUUCAAAACACACAAACAACAAGCAGAGACCGGUGGUCAAUACUACAUAUGGUAUAUCAUCUCCAACGUUGGUUGUAAAUUGGAAGAGUUUGAAAUCCAAGGUAGAGUCUCCCUCGGUGACAUGGGCUAUGAUGCCGAACUAGUAGAAUACCUGUUCAAGCAUCUCAAGGUUAUUAGAUUGAAAUAUACAAGAAUUGAAAAGAUUGCAGAAGCACGCGCCAUUCGAGAAAUGAUUCACCUCAUUGAAAGAGAAAAAUUACCAUCAUGUCGUUUAGAGUUGUACUAUGGCGAUAACCAAUCCUGGGAUGAUGAAGAUGGUUAUAAAUUGGUUCAAACUUUUGAUGAUAAAAUAGAUAAACUAAUUGGUGAUGAAGAAGGAAUGGACUCAGAUGAUAGUGAUUUUUAUUAA